AUGCCAAAAUUUGAAGAACACGGUGCAGACGACGGACAGACGGACGACGUAGCUGACAUCGAAAUGGUUUGUGAUGCGAUUUAUCGCCAGUCACGAUCCCUGAGUUUGCCAAACAAUACAUUCGACCACACCAUUGAGAGUCUGAGUGGUGAAACCCUGUCGAAAAAGGACGUUUCCCUGGGCCGUUUGUUGGGCUCGGGGGGAUUCGGAUCGGUGUAUUUGGGGACGUACAAAAACAACGAAGUUGCGGUGAAAAUCUUCCACGCUGUAAGCAAGAACCCCCUAGCUCAAGUCCAGAGCUUCAAGGCUGAGUUGGCGAUUUUGAACUUCAAGCAUCCGCAUAUCAUUAGAACCCUCACUGCAACGACCCUGGACGACUUCAACGACGGUCCGUGGGUGGUUAUGGAGUACGUGAGUGACCAGACUUUGCAGAGCGUUAUUAACGACAUGGACCAGCAGUUGUGUAUGGUACGCAGGUUGAAGCACGCACUGCAGAUAGCAAGUGCAGUACAAUACGCUCACGAUAACUGUAUUGUACAUCUGGAUAUCAAACCUGUCAACGUUCUUCUCACCCAAGAUGACGACUGCAAGUUGGGCGACUUCGGUUGCUGCCAAGAAGUGGAAUUCAAUACGGGUCGAGUUAGUCCCACAAAUCGAUCUGCCUUAACCGGAACCUUUGCAUACCGGGCACCUGAACUUCUCAAAGGAGGAGCGCCAUCUUUACAAGCUGAUAUUUAUUCAUAUGGAGUAACACUGUGGCAAAUGCUGAGUCGGGAGACGCCUUACGCUAACGAAAACCAGCACGUUGUCAUCUUCGGUGUCGUCGCAUACGGACUCCGACCGAAGCAUCCCGUUAUCGGAGAUGAGCCGUUUGAUAAACUGUAUCAGGAUCUAUACACCCAGUGCUGGGUUGCUGAGCCGGACGACAGACCAACAUCCUCGGAGUUGAUGGAGAUCUUGGAAACGUGGAAACAGUAUAUCGACUAA